GCACCGCAGGUAGGGCAGGAGGCUGGAGCGCCUGCUGCCUGCUGCCCGCCGCCCGUAAAAUGGUCACCUCCGCUGGACAGCUCGCCCUCUUCGCGCUGGGUAUUUUGUUGGCUGUGUGCCAGGCCCUGGAGAACAGCACGUCUGCCCUGAGUGAGCCGCCGGUGGCCGCAGCUGUGGUGUCCCAUUUUAAUGACUGCCCAGAUUCCCACAGUCAGUUCUGCUUCCAUGGAACCUGCAGGUUUUUGGUGCAGGAGGACAAGCCAGCAUGUGUCUGCCAUUCUGGGUACGUCGGUGCGCGCUGUGAACACGCAGACCUCCUGGCCGUGGUGGCUGCCAGCCAGAAGAAGCAGGCCAUUACCGCCUUGGUGGUGGUCUCCAUCGUGGCCCUGGCUGUCCUCAUCAUCACUUGUGUGCUGAUACACUGCUGCCAAGUCCGAAAACACUGUGAGUGGUGCCGGGCCCUCAUCUGCCGGCACGAGAAGCCCAGUGCCCUCCUGAAGGGAAGGACUGCUUGCUGCCACUCAGAAACAGUGGUCUGAAGAGCGCAGAGGAGGAGUCCUGCCAGGUGGACCGCGGCAGCCCGAUGAAGAAAGAACUUCUUGAGGACGGCCCGGCGAGGGCUGUCUGGGACGUGCCAGCAGGCCUGUCCCCUCUGCCCGCGAUCGACUCUGUGGGCUUUUCGUCUUUCGUGGGCCUUCCUUCAAAACUCUGUCCAGGACUCUGUCUGCUUGGGGUUAUUCGGUGUGACCUGGAGAAGAAAUCAGUGGACCACAGUUUAAAGACUGGUCAAAAAUGAACGGCAGAGGGGUGGAGCCGCUGUUUACCUAGUUAGCGUGUGCGUGGGCAUCCGCGUCGAGGCAUGUGUGGGUGUGUUCUGCCCGUCACAGAUGCCAGGCUGUGUUUCUUUUCACAGCAGUCUCCAUCCUGCCCCACACCGGAGAUUCCUAUCAUAUCGUUGCAGUUGUUUCUUAUCCGCGUAUUGGGGAAGAAGGUGGAGAAAACAAAAUCGCCUUUUGCUACGUGAAGUCAUCGGCAAGGAGGAGCCGUGCCUGUCCUCUGUCCACGGAACCCUCAACCAGCCCGGUGUCUUCCACGGACUUGUGAUGUUGAAGAUCGUCCCAAGCCUUUGCCACCCUCGGAGAUAAUUUCUUAUUUAUGAGACAGAUGAUAGUUUUAUUUUUAAUCUCUUAAGUCAAUGUAAAAAGCAUAAAACCCGUUCAGACUUCUACGUUACUGAUGUAUGUAUUGCUGGCUGGAAAGCUAUACUGAUUAGAAAUGUCUGGUCUCUUUGGGACAGCUAAAGCUUGGGAAAAGCCACCCAGGAUGGGUAGAGAUGGGAGCAGAGGAUGAGUUGCUACUGAGAGUUGCUAAGAUCGGGGUCCAGAGGUCAUGCCAUUUAAUGCACAAAGCAGAUGGAUGCUCCAGGGUACAUUCCUGUUGAAAAGUUAGCAGAUCUAGCCGUGGAGAUCUGUCACCUUGUCAAGGAAGAGGCAGAGGGCCUCUGUGGGCAUCCACAUGGGAUAAACACAAUACUCACUCCACUGCUCUGGUCUUUAAUGUGUUAACUUUCUCGUGAGCCGUCCGAGAGCCUGUUUAGAAAUAGAGCCUCAGCAGAGAGCCACGGGCAUUUGGGGCUGCGUCCAUGAAAGAGGGACCAGUCACUUAUUUUUCCAUGUUGUUGCUUAGUUGAUUUGUUGCUUUAUUUCUAAAAGGAGAAAUUUAACUUUCCUAUUUAUUUUCAAGUAUAGGAGAAAUAGUCCAAUGAUUUUUUUUUCUUUUCCAUUCAGGAUGCUGGUUUUAUUAACAAAAAGCACUAAGGAGCCGCCGCCACUGUGUGAGUCUCACUUUUCCCCGAGAGAUGGAGAAAUUGUUCUCCUGGGCAUCUGGGAACCUUCAGACCCAGUGGGCUUGCCAGUAGGAAGCAUCGAUCCGCUCCCACCACACAGCGGGAGCUCAUCCCUAGAAAUUAUCAUUAAAAUUUGGAAACAGGAUAACAAUGAAAUGAUACACAAACACCUUACGUGAGGGAACUCUUUAUUCACUGAUAGUUGAAAAAUGGAAGAGGUCUACCUAUUAACCCUUCAGUGCACCUAGCUCCUCACAUCAUGAAAAGGACCUUUAAAAUACGUCAAGUUGGCUUGAAAUUUCUAUCAGGUGAUUUUGGCCUCCCCUGAUUCUUCCUUCCCAGGCUGUCAGUUUCAAUGGAUUUUCUCUGUAUUUCUUACAACUGGGACAAUUACAUGACCAUGUCCUACCUUUGGCACUUUUACUAAAUGAUGCUGCAGCCGAAGCACCAAGAGCAGAGAUGGGAUCUGCUCACCAGCAGCAGGCCCCCAGCGGUGGAAUUGACACAGCUCCUGGGGUUCAGUCAUGUUAGAAGACAGGCUUAAGUUUGUAUCCCCGGUCCUACAGCAGUGAAUCUGGGAGCUGAGGCUUCACCAUAGCACGUUGCUCAGAGACCGAUCCAACUGACACUGGUUCGUGGACCCCAGUUUGCACUCACUCUUCAGAGACUAACGAAAGGGGAGUAGCAACAUUCGCUUUUAACUUGAGAUCACAUUUUUACUUUAGGACAAUCUUUCUUCCAUCUUUUAGAGACUAUUUGAGGUCUGGUUGCCUUUAAAGAGUAGGAACUGAUGUUGAGAGUGUCUUGUGGGGCUGUCUUCCCCUGAUGGGUGGAAGGAUCAGUGUCUAGUCUUCAGGCACACGAGCCUUUGCAGAGAGGUGAGAAGACAGGAUGGACGCACAGGGAGCCCUGCAGGGACUUCAGAGUGCCUGUGAAUGUUCUAGUCCAGCAAGCCACAGUGCCGGUGCCCCCUUCCUUGUGCCUGUACGACCUGCAGCUAACAGGCUCAGAUGUGUGCCUCCCUAGAAGCGCCUCUCAAAACAGUCCUCUGUAAACCAGGAGGUCUGAAACGAGUUGCAAGCAGAGGCUGGGGUCAAGGCAGGCCUGGUUGGACCCUUGUCCACGCCCCAGGAUAUGGGAACCUUUUCUUUAGUGAUUUCUUUUUAAGAAAUCAGGUGGCCAACAAGCAUUGGAUUCCUGUGCCAUUUCAUGGCAUUGGUACUUCUUUGGUUCGUUGUAAAAAAGCCCGCUUUUCAGGUUAAAAACCAUCUUCUAAUCGAUCUCUGUCGGUUCCCCAUAUUUCCUUGCUUUGGAGAAAGCCAAGUUUGCUGUGAUUAGGGACGCCUUCUCAAGAUCUGACCUGGUAGGUAGCCACACACCUGUGCGGUGGGGAACACGGCUGUUUCUAAAGUCUCUCUCAGGACAAAUGAAAAAACCCUAAUUUAAAAAGAGGGGGCUGGAGCAUAGCUCAGUGGCAGAACACCUGCUUAACAUGAACUGGGUUGUGGGUUGAAUCCCCAGUACCUCUGUUAAAAAAAAUAAAGAAAUAAGCCUAAUUAAUUCCACUCCCCCAAAUAAAUAAAUAAAUAAGAAUACAAAUGGGCUUCUUGUUAAAGCUGCUACACAAUUUUAAAAAUGAAUAAAUCUUUAAAAAUUUUAAUAGGGGGAAGAGGGUGCUUCCAAAUCUCUUCUGGAGCCUGGAUUCUCCCACUGGUCUACAGGCUGUGACUGCUCUAGGCAUCCUGGCAGGAAGCGUUUUCUCCUAGAUAGAACGCUAUACACCAGCCAAAUCUGAAAGUGACAUGUGUCACCAAACAAAUAAGAGCCUGCCAUCAUGAGCCAGCAGAGGAGGUGGGCAGAAUGUCCCCAGAGUCUAUUUUCCCAGGAAAGGAGAAGGUGAAAUUGACAUUCCCCCACCCACACUGGUCAGGGAGGAGGUGCAUUCUAGAGCUUCCUGGGAGCCUGUUCUGUGCAGAUGGAGGAGCGUCUGGCAUCGUCAGGUUGCCCAGGGCCAGGCUACCUCAGUGCACGUGGGCUGCUGGCUGCUUUUCCAGGCAGUUUUAGCAGGAACGGAUCAACGAGACUCCAGCACUGCUCAGAAGACCCCGACCCCUUAGGAGGAUCUUGGCUUUGCUUUCUCCCAGCCUGCUCAGCUGAGGAGGGAGCAGGGGGAUGAUUCAAAAGCCCAGGACCAAGGGGGACAUCACAGAAACAAGUUGAACACAUAUUUGUUCUUGAUGUUCUAACAUAAGACCUGUUCUCUGUAGCCACUGAUUUUACCAGGCUUUCUAAAAGAUAGAGUGGUAAACACACACACAGGAUUGAAACCAACCCCUCUUCCUAGUGUAAUAAUUCACUGAAGUGUUCAGCUUUUCAUUAUCUUCAUUAUAACAAACCUGAUGCUUUUUUUUUUUAGAACUUGUUACUCUGACUUCUGUAUAUGUUGCACUGAAAAGGUUAAUAUUUAAUGUUUUAAUUUAUUUUGUGUGGUAAGUUAAUUUUGAUUUCUGUAAUGCAUUAAUGUGAUUGGCAGUUCUUUUCCUUAAUAUCUGAAUUAUACUUAUUUAAAGAGUAGUGAGCAAUAGAAAAUGCAGUUGUGUUUUUCAGUAAUGUGUAUUGUUGUUCAGUUGUACUGUACCCUGUUUGGAAGGAUGAAGGAAUGAACUUUUUUUUUCCUAAA